AUGGUGGCCACGGCAUCCCAUGGCUGUGGCUCGAAGGCUUACACCACCUCCUUGGAUGCAUCCUCUUCUCCGGCUGACUUUGAGGCAGGUCACAGACAAGCACGAUGCGUCGUGCAUGUCGUGCCUUUUUUUUUUGUUGAGGUGCUCCUGACCUUGCUGGCGCUGCUCUUCUUGAAGCCGGUGUCGCCAGGUCAGGGCACCUCCGGGAGGCUCUCCUUGGUGAAGCUGGGCCUCCUGGCUUGGCGCUUGGCGGAAGACCGAGAUCCGCAGAGCAAGUUCCGCCGUCGUAUGCAAAGUGCCAUCACCGGCAACCAUCCGUAUACUUGGCUGCCGAGCCGCUGGGUGUGCACUGAAGAGACCGGUGAGAAUGACCCUGAACAGCUGAUGGUGGGAUACGGUCUCUGGCGGAUCCUGCGCUUGAACUUCCGGAUCGCCUCCCAGGCGACGACAGCAGUUGCAGCUGCAGUUGCAGCGUUGAGCGGCGCGAGCAGCCAGCGCCCCGAAGAUCUGCAGAUGCGGCAGGCGGAAAUCGAUUUUCCAGCCAAAUCAGUGCGAGAAGAUGUGCACUUGCACAUGGUUGAGCCAAAGGCAAAGAUGCACGAAGAUGUUCGAAGUCGGGCUCAUGUGCAUGCAUCCAAAUUUGAUCUGCAGGGCAGUACGGUUCUGUGCUUCCCACUGCAGAUGGUGUCGGCUAUUUGGACUGGAAGUCUCUUUCACGCUGUGGCGGUAUCGGAGGCUAAGUCGGUGGAGGCUUGCUCCGAAGAGCUCCGCGAGCUCAUGCGGCUCCAGCUCAUGGUGCGGCUCCUGGAGACCCGCUUGGUGGAAGUCCUUCGUUUCCAGCGUGGCCAGGCAUGGAACUUGAUGCAUCCUGCACGUCUGGGGAUGAGGAUCAGCUAG